GCUUGGUAAUCCAGUCUGAUCGCUGAUCGUCUGGCAAAAAAAAAACAAAAAAAACAAGGACCUUAAAGAAGCAAGACAUCGACACACUCAAGCCCUCUCGCCUAACUUAACACUGACAAAAAUGAAAGCAAUAAGCCCCGUGCGGUCCUUCCGGAAAACCAACGCGAAUUUAUCAGAGCACUCCUUGGGAAUCUCUCGGAGCAAGACCCCGGUGGAUGACCCGCUCAGCCUGCUGUACAACAUGAACGACUGCUACUCCAAGCUGAAGGAGCUGGUGCCCAGCAUCCCCCAGAACAAGAACGUCAGCAAGAUGGAAAUCCUGCAGCAUGUCAUCGACUACAUCCUGGACCUGCAGAUUGCGCUGGACUCCAGUGUCGCACUAACCAGCCUGCAUCACCCUGCGCGGCCGGGGCAGGCUCCAUCCAGGACCCCUCUGACCACCCUCAACACAGAUAUCAGCAUCUUGUCAUUACAGUCCCCGGAGUUGCCAUCAGAGCUGAUGACAGAUGACAGCCGGACUCUGCAUCGUUAAAGCGGUGUUUGGUCAAGACGCAAAACACAUACUCACUCUCACACACACACACACACACACACACACACACACACACACACACACACACACACACACACACACACACACACACACACACAGGACCUGGGGAGCAGGACUUUCCCCUCUCCAACCUCUGUCCUCCAGGCCUGGAUUUUUUUUUUUUUUUUUUUUCUUCUGACGCUGAAAUCAAGAGACUUUUGCUUAUUAUGGGACAAUCUUAUGUGAUGUGUUUUCUGUUUGGACACUUCAUUAUUUAACUUAAGACUUUUUUAUUUGUGGGUCCUUUCUGGAAACGGAAGGCGCGCUAUAUUCCCGACAGUGGGAGGAAAAACGAGAUUAUUGUCACAAGGAUUAUUCCCCCCCGCCCCCCUCACCCCUGUCCCUCUCCUUGUUCUUCGCUUUUUUGCGGAGGUGGGAACGUGAAUAGAAAAGACAACUUGGUUAGUUACUGUAAAAAGUUUAGUCUUGUCUUGUCAGAAUUGUUGGCACAUGAAGGACUGGACGUUGUUUAAAAAGGAAAAAAAAAAAAAAGUUAAGAAUGAAAGAAUGAAACCAUGUGAACUCUUAUCGGGAGUUUAUCUUGUAUAGUUGCAGGAAUUUGAAACUUCUGCAAAAGUGUAAUGUUGUACUUAAUUAUGCUGAAACUUUUUAUAAAAGUAAUGUAAAUUGUACCUUUUUUUUAUACAAAAUAAAUCAAAAACGCAA